AUGGUGGGCGUUGGCGUUGCCGCAGAUGCGGCGGCGGCGGCCAGGGCGCAGGCGGCGCGUCAGGUGUGCGCGGCGUCGGCGGCGUUCGCGUCCUGCACGCACCGCCGCCGCCGGUCGUCCCCGCACUUCGUCGACUGGUACCUCGUCCUCGCCGUGAGCACUACCACUCCCUCCUCCCUCCGAUCCGUUCGCUAUUCCCCGCGCACCCGUUCUGAGCUCUUUGGUGGCGUAUGGCGUCACGAACGCACGCAGAUCGGCGAAUCGGCGUCGGAGGACGCCGUGCGGAGGCGGUACCGGCAGCUCGCGCUGCAGCUGCACCCGGACAAGAACAGGCACCCCAAGGCGGAGGUGGCGUUCAAGAUCGUCUCCGAGGCGCACGCGUGCUUGACGGACCAGGCGCGGCGGCGGGCCUUCGACUCGGAGCGGCGGGGCAGCUUCUGCGCCGCGUGCCACGACCGCCACGCCGCCAGGUGGUCCAAGCCGCCGACCCUCCGCGCCGCGGCCGGCGCGACCAACCAUCAGGCGCCGGCGACGGCGACAGCGGCGGCAAGGAUCAGCAAGGCGGCGCGGGAGGUGCAGCGCCGGCUGCGGGACGAGUGCCGGGUCAUCGACGGCUGCCUGCGGGCCAACGACGCCGCGGCCCGCGCGCGCCGCCGCCAGUCGUUCCCGCUCUUCGACCCCUCCGACAGCCGCCGCUUCCCGGACUACCCGCACGUCCGCCCGCCGCAGUUCGGGCUCGGCGGCGCGGAGCUCCGGCGGUCCGGCGAGCGGCUUGGUCGCCCGGAGGUGGAUCAGCAUGCCCUGAAUCGGAGGUGGUGCAGAGACGGCGGUGAGUCGCCUGUGUACCAGAUCAGGACGGCGGCGGCAGAGUGCACCGAGAGGCGUGCAUGGUGA